AUGUUUAAAGAUAAAAGUCUGAAUGACCCUGUUAUAUACACUUUUCGUGAUGUUGCAUGGAAUAGAAACGUAUCUGUUUGUAAAAGGGAACAACUACAGCUAUUAAAAUCAAAACAUUAUUUCCAGAAAGGUGUUAUAAAAUCUGAGUAUGGGGUAGUAGAUAUAUACAUAAAUAACCCGAAAGAAGACAUUGUAUCUCACGACAUCCAUAAUAAAAAUGUAUGGGAACCUUGGGGUAUCAAUACUGUGUACAAAUUCAUUCGGCACGAUCCUUCAAUCGGCGUGAUUGAUAUUGGUGCAAACAUAGGUGUUAUUGCACUACAGUUAGCUAAUAUGGGAAGGAAGGUUAUUGCUAUAGAGCCAACACCCCAAAAUACACAGCAUCUGUGUGCCUCUAUUAUAGAGAAUGGGUAUUGUGAUCGGAUCACCGUUGUUCAUAAUGCCCUUAGCAACGAUCACCAAGAUGUACCAUUUGCGUUUCCAAGUAAAGGAGAGUAUGCAUUAGGAUUUGCAGACCAAGGAAAAGACAAUGUGGUAAAGGAAAUGUCAAAGCUGUUUGGAAAUUUCUAUAGUAAAAAUACAGUUCCCUUGAAAGCUGCUAUUUUGGAUGAUAUCAUGACUCUUGCGGAAUUCAAAGCAAUGCAAAAAGUAUUCAUAAAAAUAGAUGUCCAAGGUUUUGAACAUAAGGUGUUUGAAGGUUCAGAGAAACUGUUUCAUUCCGGAAAGGUGAACGGAGUAUUUAUUGAAUGGUACUAUCACAGAAACACGACAUCUGGAAAAUUUCUUUUACAAAAAUUUCAAGAAUUUGAUUUUGAACCUUUCUUCUGUAGUGACGUUUUACAAGACGUUUCUUCUAAUCUUGAUACUCCGUGUGAAAAAAUAGAUGUUAAAAGGUCUGGUUCAUGGGGAACUGAUGUUGUAUGGCUACCUCGAGGAAAAUAGAUUAAAUUCAAUGUACUUUGAAAGGAUCAGACAAAAUGAUUUUGGAAGAUAAGAGAUUUUAGUGAACAAAAAAGUCAAAUAAACUUGGAUCUUUUUUUGAAAGAUGGAUUAUGUGCAUUACAUUUAAUUCAAUUUUCAUAUUUAUUAAUAAAUGUUAUGAAAGAUUAAAAGGGAAUCAUUCUCCUUUGAAAUAGCGGAAUCGAUUGGCUCAAAGGGUGUCUUUUUCAUCUAUAGGAUGUAUACUGUGAAGUAAUUUAUAUUUGCCCAUGUCCACCAACCAACAUGGGCACUGUAGAUUUAAAACAAAACUUACGGAUCAACUGAAGUGUUUGGCUUAUAUCUGGUAAACUAUAAUAAUUAACAAAAACUAAUACUAUAAUCAUGGUAAGCAAGACAAGCUUUAAAUACCAUGAACAUUUUAGAAAUAUCUGUCAAUCAGUUUUUGAGCAUUAACGUUGGGGAUGUUUUUUUUAUAACUUUUUUAGCAGAUUUUUUUUAUUGUCUCAAAAAAAUUGGAGAGAGGUUAAAAGUGAGAAUUUAAAAAUGAUCAGCACGAUGAGAUCUACUUCCCCAAAACUUCAGCAAAAUCUGACGACAACCCCUUCAAAGAUAUUUUUUCAUAUUAGUUUUACUGUUACGUAUAAAAUGAUAGGAGCUAGUGUAAAAAAUCAAAAAAUUAUCAGCACCAUAAGAAAUAUCUACUCUGAAAUCUAACAGUCCAUUUGGAGUUAUUGCCCCUAAAUUAUUUAUUUUAACAUAUUUUUGCAGUUUUUGGCUGUAAUCUUAAAUAUUAUGGUACACAUGAAUGCAUUUCCAGAUUGUAACUCAGGCUUAACAUCUUAACUCCUUAGGUAAAAUAACGUUUUAGAUUGUGACAAUGUUUAAAAAUUUCACAUUAUCUGCAGCAGCAUUAAACACCUUGUAUGUAGAGAUUGUAACAAGUACAAGUACUAAUUAAUAAAUCUUACAGCUUUGUGUUAGUUUUUUUUCUUUCAUUUUUACAAUUAACCUAGGAAGCAAUAGAACUUUAAACACUAGGUAAACUUGUCAUUUUUUUUUAUUUUUCACACUCGGGCAUUCAAUUCACACAGAGGAGGUUUUAUUUGCUCCUUUAUCAGAAGAAACCGAAGACAAUUCUGAUAUUACUUAUCGAAGUUAUAGUAUAUAAUUUCCUGUUAAAAUUAUUCAUGAAAAAAGGACUUUUUUGUGAAAAGAAAAGAAAAUCUAUCAAAAAGAAUUUUGAAACAAAAUAUUAGAAAGAUAUAUUUUAUGAUUUGCUUUUAAAAAAUCAAAAUAAAAAAUGGUGUCACCGAAAUUGUUUUCUUUCUAAAAGUAAAAAAGGAAACUUUCAUUAACAUUACUUUAAGAGUUAUAUCCCCUCACAUGGCUAUGUUGAAUCGAACAAAAAAAUAUACUUGGUAUUUUAAAAACAGUCUAAAUAAUACUAUGAUUCACUUUUUUUAUUUACAAAACAAUCUUAUACACAAAUUGACAUUCUGUCUCAAAAUUUGCAGAUGUAAGCAAAGAACUAGAACGAUUGUGUACUGCUAUUGUACAAUGCAAAACGGCGGUAUACAGUUAAUCUACCUUAAGAGUAUUUUUAGGUAAAUAUUAUACAGAAGAAUACUGUUAAUGUUUCAAAUGUGAAUAUGAUAUUUUUUUAUGUGACAUGCUUCUGUCGAGAUGUUUGUUACAAUUAUAAGUAAGGACUUUUAUAAAUAUAUGUGUAUUGCUUGCUGUAUUUUUUUUAAAUGAAAAAAAUUAAAAUGUCAAAGUCGGA